AUUGCUUUUCUUUACUUUUAUUGCAGACUAAUUUAAACAUCUAAUUUUUUGUGUAGAAUUUAGUGUGAUACUAGUUUUAAUGCUCACAAAAUGAGUCCAAGAAGAUAUUUAAAUACUAACACAAUUUCAAAGUGACAAACAUCCUCCAAAUUGUUUUUCUAUACUUUUAUUGCAGACUAAUUUAAACAUCUCUUUUUUGUGUUGCAUGUAGUGUGGUGCCAGUUUCAAUGCUCACAAAAUGAGUCUGAGAUAUAAAUACUAAUAGAAUUUCAAAGGCAAUAUGUGAAGGCAUGAUGCAAACAUCCUCCAAAUUGUUUUUCUAUAUUUGUCAGGAUUUUUAAGGUGGAAUUUUUUAAAGAGAUUAUUUUCAUUGAUAAGAUGUUGUUGUGAUCAUAGAUUCAGAGCUGAGUCUAUGGCGUUUAUUUAUCCUCUCAGAAACCACAUACAAAGAAAUCAAAGAAAGUGGGGAUUAUAAUGUAAAAAUGUAUUUGAAAGUAAUACACAACGGUUUAAGAGUGUCAGUCCUGGUUUAUAUGCAUUCCGAUGGUUUUAAUCAAAGCAAAGCAUGACUAUACAACUUUAAACAGCACAGGGCUUUGAUAUGCGUUUAAAGGACUAUUCAAAGCCAAAAACAUCAUUUCAUCAGAUUAGUUUUACAAGCGUGUAGACAACAUGAUCAAACAAAAACAAGGCGGUGGUCUGCCAUAACUCCUUCAGUCCACCUUAAGAAAGGGGCGGACACAUAAUGCUUAAACCAAUGAGCGUCCGUCCUUCUAUUUGAACAGCGCCCGUGUGUCAAUCAUUCCUCUGACCCCGCCCUCCCUUCUAGCACUCUCUGUCAAGCUUUCAAACGCAAAGUGUUUUUACUCAGUCGCCAUAUUGGCUGCGGGGAAGGACCUCCGUGCGGUGUCUCGUCUGUUUGUGGCCGACCGAGAGUGACGAGAAGCGGCUGCAAGUUACGCUCAGGCGACCCCUGCGGUUGUUGACGUUCGCAUGGCAUAAAAGUGUUUUUCCACCCCAGACGACGAUUUUUUUAUUUUUUGGAUAUUACCCAGCAAGGAUAGUUCGGUUUGUUGUUUUUUUUCCACCAAAAAACUGGACGCUCCCGGCUUUUUUUGUGUGGUUUUCCCGUGUCUUGUCGGUGGUGGAGGCGGGGAAACAUGUCGGAUGUUCGACUAUCCAGCGGCAGCCCGACCUUGGAGCGGGGCGAGCCGCGCGUACCGGAGCACCCCAAGCCGUCAGCCUGCCGGAACCUCUUCGGCUCGGUGGACCACGACGAGCUGCAGCGGGAUUUAAAUGCACACCUGCGGGAGAUGGAGCAGGCCGCCGCCGCCAAGUGGGGCUUCGACUUCGCCGCGGAGAGCUCGCUGGACACCGGUGAGAUCCACUGGGAGCGGCUGGACUGUCGCGACCUGCCCGACUUCUACUCUCGGCCGCCGCGGACGAAGCGGAGUAACCGCCUGGAUCUAACCGGGAAUCAUAGCUGCGUCGCGGCGGGCACCACCACUUGUGGGCCGGUGGAGCAGUGCAGGAAGAGACCCGCCUGUCACGAGCCCUCCAACACAAGCAAAAGGUCUCACAGCAGCCCGGGGGCCGAAGUCGCGUGUCCGAGCCGGGGUCGCUCGGCUGAACACACGCCCAGGAAGAGCAGCGGCAGCCCGGGAAGGCAAACGUGAGACGAGCUGAAGAAGCGUGUCCGACAUUGGAAAGUCUUCAGUCAGUGUCGGUCAAACUAUUUUAUUUGGGUGAUAUUUUAUUUUUUAAGCAUUUUUAUUUUUAUUUGAUCUCAUUUUGGAAGAAAUUAAGUACACAUCUUAUGAGAAACAUAUCAGCUCUCCGUGAGGACGCUGUUGAAGCACUGAAUAACAAAAAAAACAACAAAAACAAACAUUUUUUUGGCACUCAAAAUGUUUCUUUUCCAGUUACUGCCUGUGAAAGCAGUGAUGUAGCAGCGUGCAAUUAGCUUCUUUUCUUUGUGUGUGUGUGUGUGUGUGUGUAUACCUAAAUUUAUAUUUCUCUAUAUGUAGCACAUAAGAAAACAUUAUGAUUUGCUAAACAAAUCCUUUAUACUUGUAUAAUAUUAUUUUCAAAGAAAAAUUAAGGUGUGAAUUUUGAUUUGACUUGAAGGAUUGCAGUAUAGUUUGGUUGCUGUUCUUGUUCUCUUUACUGAAAAGUCAGUCUUGGCACAAUUUAAAACAGGGGUGUCCAAAGUGUGGCCCGGGGGCCGUUUGUGGCCUACAGCUAUUUUUUUUUUAAUGGCCCUCCACAUAUUUGAAUAUGCAAUUACAAAACAAUGUGGGAAAAGAGCCAAAAAGCAAAUUUGUUUGAAUCUUUUUUUUUUUUUAGCUAGAGCAGGGGUCACCCAACGCGGUGCCCGCGGGCACCAGGUAGCCCGUAAGGACCAGAUGAGUAGCCCGCUGGCCUGUUCUAAAAAUAGCUCAAAUAGCAGCACUUACCAGUGAGCUGCCUCUAUUUUUUUAAUUGUAUUUAUUUACUAGCAAGCUGGUCUCGCUUUGCUCGACAUUUUUAAUUCUAAGAGAGACAAAACUCAAAUAGAAUUUGAAAAUCCAAGAAAAUAUUUUAAAGACUUGGUCUUCACUUGUUUAAAUAAAUUCAUUAUUUUUUUUACUUUGCUUCUUAUCACUUUCAGAAAGACAAUUUUAGAGAAAAAAUACAACCUUAAAAAUGAUUUUAGGAUUUUUAAACACAUAUACCUUUUUACCUUUUAAAUUCCUUCCUCUUCUUUCCUGACAAUUUAAAUCAAUGUCCAAGUAAAUUAAUUUUUUUAUUGUAAAGAAUAAUGAAUACAUUUUUAUUUAAUUCUUCAUUUUAGCUUCUUGUUUUUUCGACGAAGAAUAUCUGUGAAAUAUUUCCUUAACUUAUUAUGAUUAAAAUUCAAAAUAAUUAUUCUGGCAAAUCUAGAAAAUCUGUAGAAUCAAAUCUAAAUCUUAUUUCAAAGUCUUUUUAAUUUCUUUCAAAAUGUUUGUUCUGGAAAAUCUAGAAGAAAUAAUGAUUUGUCUUUGCUAGAAAUAUAGCUUGGUCCAAUUUGUUAUAUAUUCUAACAAAGUGCAGAUUGGAUUUUAACCUAUUUAAAACAUGUCAUCAAAAUUCUAAAAUUAAUCUUAAUCAGGAAAAAUUACUAAUGUUCCAUAAAUUUUUUUUUUAAUUUUUUCAAAAAGAUUCGAAUUAGCUAGUUUUUCUCUCCUUUUUUUCGGUUGAAUUUUGAAUUUUAAAGAGUCGAAAUUGAAGAUAAACUGUUUCAAAAUUUAGUUGUCAUUUUUUUCGUGUUUUCUCCUCUUUUAAACCAUUCAAUUAAGUGCAAAUAUAAUUAAUUAUUAAUAAUAACAUAGAGUUAAAGGUAAAUUGAGCAAAUUGGCUAUUUCUGGCAAUUUAUUUAAGUGUGUAUCAAACUGGUAGCCCUUCGCAUUAAUCAGUACCCAAGAAGUAGCUCUUGGUUUCAAAAAGGUUGGUGACCCCUGAGCUAGAGAGUUAGGGUUUGCGCUUUAGUUUGGAUUACACUUAGGGCUUUAUGGCUAUUUGCUUGUUCUACAAUGACAAAAUAAAGAUACAACAUGAAUUUAUAUAAUUUUAGGAGAGAAACUGCUAAUAGCACAAAAGUGACAUGCAGGCUGUUUAUUUUUAUGUCUAGCUUAUUGGAUGACUUUUAGCCUUGUUUAAAUUCCAAAUGGCCCCUGCCUCACUUAGUGGAAAAAACCACCCCUGAUUUAAAAACUGUAGUAUGUACAAGUCCAACCGUCUAUAUUCUGGACAGUGUAUCUUCACACGCCUUCAUGUUUCCUAACUUAGCAGUGAAGAACGGUACAAAAUGUAGCGACUAUUUUAUGUUCCCUUAGGACAAAAAAAUAAUUAUUUUAUUCUAUUUAAAAUCACCCUGUGGUUUGAGACGCUUGGAUUGACUUUGCUCUUAUUAUUGUGUCCCUUGCACACAUCAUCCUUUAUUCUAACGGUGCGAGGUACCUUUUUUUUUUUUUUGGAAGAUGUUGAAAAGCAAAAAUAAUUGGGUCUCAAUACGGUUGUUUCACUUUUUAAAAGUCCUCAUGGGUGGCUCCUUCCACACAGGAGUAACAGAAUGUUUCUUACAAGACCAAACUGAUGGCUGCCAAGUGCUUUUUUUGUUUGACUUCACAUAGUUUGACUUUGUGAUAACCUUGAUAUAUUCUAAUCAUGUUUAGCCUGCUGAGGAUUCUCAUGUUGGCCUUUAAAAAAAUAAAUAAAUAAAAAAAAUCCCUUUUUUGCCCUCAGUAACACCAGCUUGUCUCAGAAAUGCAGUCACCCGUGUGUUUGUGUACAUAUUUGCAUUGUACAUAAUAUUGUAAAAAAAACAAAAACACUGAGAAAUUAUACUAACUUAUUUAUGUCAAACAUUUUUUAAUGUAGUUUUUUUUUUUUUUUGAUUCACGGUUAUCCAAAGUGGCAUUUACCUUAUUUGUAAUAUUUUUUUAAAAGCAUAUUUGUGGUAGUUUUUUUUUUUUUUUUUACAACAAGGUUGCAAACUGAGCCCAAUUUAAUAUUUGAUGUGCAUUUUUUUUGUAAUGUGUGGUCAUAAAUGUGUUGCA